CCCACCUCCUUCUUCACAUCCACUCCUUUUCGACAUCAACGGUUCUUGAUUUGAGAAACCCUCUUUUUUGUCAUCCCUUCCAUUCCCCGACGCCGACUACCUGGUACUUGACUUGACAACUGCAGCUUCAACAGCGCCAGUGAUCCCUGCCCCUUUCGCAGAAUCUGCCGUUAUCUCGAUCCAGAUCCAGACCCAGACCAGACGGACGAUACAUGAUAAGCCACACCACUUUGGUAUCGUGACAACUUGAUUGAAUCAGAAACUUAAUUAAUACAAACAAAACUCACCUUUACAAUGAGCCCACGAACUCGUCGACAGGCUGGAAAGGCCUCGAAUGCCUCGUCUUCUGAGUCCGAGCCAGAAGUUAGAUCCAACGGCAAUGGUGUUGCCCAUCGCGCUGCGGAUGUUUCGGACGAUGCCCCUCGCGAGAACAUCUUCCUCUUCUACCCCAACAUUAUUGGAUAUGCGCGCAUCGUCCUCGCCAUCGCGUCUCUAUACUACAUGCCCCUCCACCCUCGCACUUGUUCCUUCCUUUACAGUGUGUCAUGCCUUCUCGAUGCACUUGAUGGCUACGCCGCGCGUAUCUACGAACAAUCGACCCGCUUCGGCGCCGUCCUCGACAUGGUCACCGAUCGCUGUACCACAGCUUGUCUCAUUGUCUUCCUUUCCUCAGCUUUCCCUCGAUGGGCUAUUGUUUUCCAGGGCUUGAUUGCUCUCGACCUCGCCAGUCACUACAUGCACAUGUAUGCCACUCUUGUAGUUUCGGGUAGCAAUGCUAGCCACAAGAGCAUUGAUGAGAGCAAGAACUGGCUUCUUCGCCUCUACUACACCAACAAGGGUGUUCUCUUUGCCCUUUGCGCCCUCAACGAGCUCUUCUUCAUUGCACUCUAUCUUCUCUGCUUUUCGUCUCCCCUCGUCUCGCCAUACCUCAUUAAGCCUAUCGAGAUUGUUGGUGCCGAACUCCAAGCUGGUGCCCAAGUCAACACCUCGAUCCUCGCUCAGAUCUUCCCCGAUCCCUUCAGCCCCGCUGCUCUCGAGCUUGCUCGUGCCAACAAGAUGGACUCCACAGUACCAUGGAUCAUUGCUGGUAUCAGCUUCCCUUUUAUGUUCAUGAAGCAGCUCAUCAACUGCGUUCAGCUUUACAACGCUAGCCAAGGUCUGGCCGAGAUUGAUUUGAAGACUCGUCGAGAACAGGGUCUUCCUCGCCCCAAGCCUAAGAAGGCUUAAGUUGAACGAGCUCAUGCUUCCAUUAAAUCCGAGCUAAUUCGGGAACGGUUCGAGUGGUAAGACCUCUAUUUUUGUCUGUGGGUUCUACUCCAGAUCUUAUCAACUAUCGAUACGUGUGACUAGGAGACAUCUUAUUUAUAGCUGUCUGUACGGUCUUUUUCAACUUGUUCCUUAACAGAGGGGCAAUUACUAGGGUAUACUUAGGGUGGGCAUUAUACGGAUUCCUCCUAUACUGCAUGGCUCGGCGUAAGAGGUGCGGUUUUCAAAGACUCUGACUCCGGAGGGAAGGAGACUUACUGGGUAAAAGUAUUGGGAGAAGCGGCGUCCUCACAACGAUGUGGAGGAACCAUAUUAGCUGCUAGGGGCGAUAAUCACGAGAAUCUUGCUUCACUGGGAUUUAGCGGGUGGAAGGUAUAGACUUUGUUGUCCUUUGUCUUUUUUUGUUCUCUGGCCGUUCAUUUUUUUCUGUUUCCUUGGCCUAUAUUUUGUUAAUAGUAGACGAAUGUCGAAUACACUCGCUGGAAACGAAUAUGAUUCUCCACA